AUGGCCAUCCUCCCACCAGAACUCACCUCGAGCAUCAUCGACCACGUCUGGGACGACACACGCGAAACGGGGUGCUACGAAACCAUCUCCUCAUGCUCCCUCUGCUGCAAAUCUUUCUACCACGAAACCCGCCGGCGCCUGUUCAGGCAGAUCGAGCUGCGCGACGCGGGGUCGCCCAUCCUCCAGCUCUCCUACCCGCGUUCCAGCAACCGCAUCACGCGUUUCCGCUCCCUUCUCCAGAACAACCCCCAGCUCGGCAACUACGUCGUCUCGAUAUACCUCUCCCUCCCGUGGACCCGCCGACCCCGCCGCAUCGCGACUGGCCAGAGUUACCCCGAUUUGCCGUUUGUGAUGAAGCAGUUGAGGAGGCUGAAGAGUUUGGUGUUUGAGAGCCAUAGUAGGAUUGAUUGGGUCAAGCUGGACGAGCCUAUACGGAUGGCGAUUAAGCAUGCGUUCGCGGGUGGGGGGCUGGUCAGUGUCAAGUUUGGGAAUGUGUGUAAUUUGCCGGCGUCGUUGUUUGGGAUGGGGAGGGUAUUGGGGUCGGUCAAGUUGAGGGAUGUGGUUGUGGUUUGUGAUUCUCAGAAUGGGAACGGGAAGGAGCUCGAAGGGAAGGACGGGGGUGCGGCUGGGGAGGGAGAGAAGGAAAGUGAGGCGGGGACGUGGACGAAGCUUUAUGUGGAGCAUUCGGCGUUUAAUGUGUUGUUGACACACUCACCGUCAAGAUUCGAGAAUCUUCAGUCCCUUCAUACGAGGCUGGUCAUGAACCGGGACACACAACAACUCAUCGACACGGCUCACCGGACGCUGGAGGAGUUCAGCUGCGAAGGCAAGGCUAUGAACCACUAUGGAAGCUCCAGCGACUCGGAAGGAGCAGCCGGCGUCGGGCCCUUCUCGUUCAAGACAUGUACGGCUCUGCAAACCCUCCACUUCCGGUACAAUACCCCUCGCGGAAACAUCCACGACUUUUCCAAAGUCGUCUGUUCGAGCUUACAGACUCUACAUGAAUCCAAGCUCUGUAUUGACGAACUGAAAUUAUCCUUCCUGUCCUCGACAGAAACAGACUUGGUCAACCUCCUCGGGUCGCCUUUCUGGUCGAGGUUGGAUACUUUGCACUCCAUUCGACCCAUGUUCAAACGUGUUCGAGUUAGUUUGCAGACGGGGAAGCCGAGGUACCUGCAGCAGGUGGUUGUGAUCCCUGCUAGGCGAGAGAGCAGCAGUGCUGGUCACUCGGAAACUUCCACAGUCGUGAAAGACGCGAUAGAAAGGACGAAAGACUCGCUCCCGUCCCUUGUGCGUUCGGAUGCUAUCACCUUUAGUGUGUCUGCGAGCCGCCCAAGUUGUAGGACGACAUUUAUUUCCCUCCCUCCCAUGGUAACCCAGUAUGUACCACCUCCGCAAUAA